CACCUGAAAAAACAAAAAAUAAAUAAAUAGACGGCAUUGUUUAAGCGACAAGGCAAACCGUAAAUACAUUAAUUUCUCGUGUUUGGUACAAACAAAAAAAAAAAAAAAAAAACAUGUCUUCAUCUGUACACUGCCAAUUAUGGAUGGGCAGCCUGGAGCCUUAUAUGACGGAGAAUUUCGUAAUUGCUGCCUUUCGAAAAAUGGGAGAGGAUCCAACUACGGUUCGCCUAAUGCGUAACAAAUAUACUGGUGAACCAGCUGGCUAUUGCUUUGUAAAUUUUUCCACGGACGAAAGGGCCAUGGAUGCAAUGCAUAAAUUAAAUGGAAAACCAAUUCCCGGUACAAAUCCCAUAGUUCGUUUUCGUCUCAACAGUGCCAGUAAUUCCUAUAAAAUGCCUGGAAACGAAAGGGAAUUCAGCGUUUGGGUAGGAGAUCUAAGUUCCGAUGUGGAUGACUAUCAAUUGUACAAGGCAUUUUCAUCAAAGUACACAUCAAUAAAGACAGCAAAAGUUAUCAUAGAUAGUUCUGGGUUCUCCAAAGGUUAUGGUUUUGUACGUUUUGGCAUUGAAGAUGAACAACAGUCUGCCCUGUACGAUAUGAAUGGAUAUAUUGGUCUUGGAUCAAAACCUUUAAAAAUUUGCAAUGCUGUACCAAAACCAAAAAGUGAAUUAGGCAUUGCUCUGGGAACUAAUAAUAGUAACUACGGUUAUGGUGGCUCCGGCCCAACAACAGCCACCAGUACUUCAAGUGGUGCAGACUACACACAGUAUUAUGAUCCUAGCUCUACAUAUUGGCAAGGUUACAAUGCAUGGCAAAACUACUACGAUGCUUCGGGUACUAGUUCUGCGGAUCCUACAAGUGCAUACUAUCAGCAAACCAUGGCCCAAUCCCAUUCGAAUCCUCAGACAUUGGCAAUGCAUGCAGAAGCUUGGAGUGCACAACGCAGUGCACAAUACGAACAGCAAAGUGCAGCAGCUGCAGCAGCCACAGAGGAAGAAGAUAACUAUGCAUUAGUGGAGCAUAAAUAUACACUGGAUGUGGAGAAAAUGAAUCGCGAGAGUCUAGAUUCCGAUAGAAAUCUAUACGACGCAUUAGAAAGUUCAAAAUGGUUGCCGUUGGAGCAGUUGGAAGCAUACUAAAAGAGUUAGAAGUUAUAGUACCUAUAUGAAUAUAUUUUAUUUUCUACAUCAAAAAUAAAUACAUAAUAAAUUAUAUAAAAAAACUUAA